AGCAAACAUGAGUGCCUUCCACAUUCCACAGAACGAACGCGCUCGAGCUUCAGACCUUGCCAAUCGCAAAGCCAAUAAGCCUUCUUCUUCUUUUUCUUCUACCAAGGCAAUAGAAUUCGAAUUUUCCUAACCUCUUCCUUCAUCAUCUCCAUCUUCGUUUUUCAUUCGCCUCUGCUUGUUUUGCAGAUCGCCAAGAAGAGCUUGACUGCUGCGUUUAUGUCAGUUUCUGAAGGUUCCUCACUUGAUGAUUCCAAGGAUCCGGUCGAUUUUUCUCCAAUUUCAGAGGUCAAAAUGAAUCGACAAGUGGCCGAAGUAAGUUUCGUUUUCAAAGACGAAUUUGAACGAAUUUCAUGGUGGUGACCGAUGAAGAUCUUUCAGAAUCAUCAUCUGAAACAAUGCUGUUCUCUGACCGCUCAAUGACCGAUCAAGAUCUCUCAGAAUCAUCAUCACGAAUGUUACUUCUCUCAGAUCGCUCUGCAUCUUCGGUUAUAACUAUAGAGAAGGAAGGACGAUCCAAAGCAGCGGAUGAUUCGAAGUUCGAUUCCUUGGAGGCAGAGAUUGUUGCUAGUUUUCUCAGGAAAGCUAAAACUCAGCUUUACAAUUCUGCUAAUAUGGAUGCUCGAUCUAAGAAGCUUCUGGAUACGUUGAUUGAGAUCGCUGUAGAGGACGUCCACGGCGUGCCUGAUAAGAGAAACCGAUUUGUUCAUCUCCUUGGAGCAAAAACUCGCAUUGUGCUUUGGUGCUUCUUACUCUGUGUCCUUGCAUUUUCGGCGAUCUUGUUGUUGUUCAGCUCAGGAGACCAAGGUUCUUUAAAUGGACCUCUGCCAACUUGAAAAAGCGCAAUAAAUGUUUGACAAAAACUUUCUGAGAUUUGUUUUUUUGUGCAUUUGCCUCUGCUUCUGUGAAGCUCACUAGUUUAGGUGUUCCAAUUGGAAACCGAGGAAUUAUAAGAAAAGUGCAGCGAUUCAAUAGGCUGAGAGACUGAGAGAUGAUACUUGUAAUAACAGAAUUGGCAGCCUGCUCUUUAGCUUUGCUUUCAUUGAAGUUUGAUAUUUGCUUCAUGUUUUGAUAGAGAUGAUAUCAUUUCUUCUUUUAUUUCCUUUCCUUUUCUUUUCUUUUAUUUUUUUCUUAGUUUAUGGGAUUUGUUUGAAUUUACUGUUUUGUCAAAUAGA